AUGGGAUCGGGAAAUGAUCUGCCAUCGACUCAUCUCCUCCAGUGCGACCUUCAGCGUCUAACUUGUGGCCAGUGUCAAAGGGGCAAACUUACUUGUGGGGAUAUGAGCGAGCGGUCGUUUGGUCAACCAAAGGGUUGCCCAGAAGAGUCCCUCACGCGUUCUGCCUACCAGGAGCGGUAUCUGGGCCUCUUUUGGGACAUUUACCUUCCCAAUGGUCGCAAAUUUCCUGCCGGAUCCGCGCAGCAUACCACUGAACUAUGGCUCAACCAUGUGCAAAAGCUCGUCCACGAAGACAACCAAAUUGCAAUAAGAAUGAUCCUGCUGGCCAUUUCCCUUGCUAAUGUCGGGCUCUACGAUAACAAAACAUGCCUGGUUGAGAGUGGGACGAGGAUGUAUGGCAGCUGCCUCAGUACACUAGCAGAAGAGAUUGGAAGCAAUACACGAUCUACUCCCAGCAGCCUCUUGGCCACAUCGAGGCUUUGUUCUCUAUAUGAGGUGGUGCAGCAUCCAGUGCCAGUUCUUUAUGGCCAUGACUACAACGAUCGACUUGCCCAAGCACGAACGUGGCAACUGCACACCGGAGGCGAGUCUGAGGUUGUGCCUUCCCGAGUAACUGAACAAUUAGCGUCGCGAUUUGCUUAUCAGUUAUCCAUAGAUGGGAGGAGUACGCAGAUUUCCACCUUAAUUAUUAGUCGGACGCCUUCAGCACUCAACAAGCCAAACUGGAAAAUGGAUCUAUGGAAACGCAUUGCUAGGACACCGAAGGAUCUGUUAGGAGACAUAUUUGCCGAAAUACCAGACCUCCUUUCGCUACUCAUCAGCUCAUCACAUCCCAUCCCAGUGAAAAAAAAAGGAGGUAAAGCGAAGAUCCCUGACCAAAAAGUGCCAAGUGCUAAUAGCCGAAUGGUUGGCCUUGGGGCAGGAUCUGGCUCCAAAAUCAAGUCCACUUAUCUCAGACACGACACAAACGGACCGGAUCUUCAGCCACCUGGUCUCUGCACACAGCAUGAGCGGGUAUUGGAGCACUGGCAUCUUCCUGUAUGCCAUCUCCCAGUCCGCUUCAGGCCAGCUAGUUCCAAGCCCCUUCAGGCCCGGAGGCUCGAUCAGGGACUUGUAGAGGAGAAUUUCGGAGAUAAUACCUAUGUUCUUGCAUCCGCGAGUAGGUGCUUUUGGACUUUACGGGGCUUUCUGGAUGAAACAGAUAAUGGUCUCUUAUCCCCGGAAGCCAGAGUGUUUUACUAUUUAUUUGAUAGGAAUGAAAAGGGCCAGAUUGUGGAGAACUUUGUUGAAAACAUGCGAAGACACCUUUCCGCCCGAGGGCAAAGGAUGUUUCCAAUGGAUAUUGAUUAA